GAGUCAGUCCUAUUGAUUCAUCACUUGCAGUACUAGUGUGGCCUUCUUGAUGAGAUAUUUACAGCUUCAACCUAGCUUCGUAGCUGUUGAUACCGACGACAGUAAUGGCUAAAACCAAGUGGAAUAUUCUGUUUGCCACUUUCGUAUUAUCCUGUCUCUCCUUGGCAGCACUCAUUGUAUCGCUUUGUACACCUUACUGGGUGGUCUCCGAAGCAUAUCAAUCACAAGCAUCCAGAAAUAGUGAUAUACAUUACGGACUCUUUGGAGGAUCGGUCACGAGAAAGAUUUUGCUCAGUCCAGCCUACUACGAUCUUACAGUUAUCUGCCUGUACGAGGAAAAUGUUUGCGUCUACAGCUGUCAGAAAAAAGAACAGCUUCGUGAGUCCGAAUUAUUGGAUAUGCUGAAUGGUCGGAAACCUCCGGAAUGUCCAUUGAGUAGCUCUAGAGCAGAAAGCUCAACCAGUUCACGGAAUAUAGCCAGUGAUUCGAAGGUGACAUCGAAAAGUGACUUCAUCAAUGCCGGCAUGUGGUUGACAACAGUCAUUUUUCUAGGAACAGCUACUGCCUUCGCUGGAGCAGCCUCCAGCUUCUCCAUCAUCAAUGUACUAUUCAACCCAAUAGAGCCUGUUUUCAGUGUGUUCGGACUGUACAUCUGGAAUGGUAUUGUAAUUGGUGCAUCGCUUAUGAGCAUGAUUAUCUGGGGCAUUCUGUUCGGAUCACAGCUAAGUGAAAACAUCAGUAUCACCGAUACACUAACUCCGGAAGCGCCUUAUAGUUCGACAGGAUUGGCCUCACUUGGAGCCAGUUAUUGGAUACUAUUUCUGCCACUGCUGUUCCAUGGAGCAAACAUUGGCCUUUUGCUAUGGAGGCAGUAUGCGAUCAAUAAAGAACCACCACCGACGACGAUCGAUGUCGAUAAGUCUGAUCUUACUAUUAUCAUGUAUUAGAAAUGAAUAUUGCAUAAGGAACGAAGAAGUGAUUAGAAAACAAAAGGGAACAUCUAAAAAUAGGUUGGACAAGAACCGAAAUUCAGCUGUUCAAAAGAACGAUCCGUUCGAUUCCAGUUAUCAGAAAAUAAAUUUAAAACAUGAUUUCCGCGUAACAAAUUCGAGACUAUUUUUCAGAAAAC